AUGGAGUUGUUCAUCUUCAUAGUGUUUCAGCUCCUGAUGGAGGUUCAGUCUUACAAUGCACUUCAGAAACCCUUCAUCAGUGUUAGUGAUGAUGAUGUCCAGCUCAGCAUAUCAUGUGAAAUACCACUUUCAGUCAGAGCUGAUUUCAUCUGUAGCCUCUACACUGAGGACGAUGUUCUUCUGUAUCAUCGUGUCUCUCAGUGGAGUCAGUCUGGAAAGAAUCUUUGUAUGUUUCAUGUAAGUCGUAGUGAACUCUUCACACGAUCAGUGAACAGCAGACAGCUGAUCUGUGUUUAUUCACUCAAGACUGAACCUGAGAACAGAUCAUCUCAUAGUGAUACAUACACCUUCAGAGACACUAUCACCAUCAGGGUUUCAACACCAACCACCACUGAACAUGCGACUACAACAGCCACGACAACCUAUGUCCAAUCCAAGACAAACCUGCCAACCAGCAAAGCAAAGGAAACCCUGACAGCGUUAACUGUAAGGUUCACUUCUGAAACAACAACAUACAGUAAAACUGUAGACUUUCAAUCUAAAUCAAACCUGCCAACCAGCACAGCAACGGAAACCAUGGUAUGGUUUAUAGUGCUGGUUUCCACUGGUGUUGCUGUCAUUUUGUCUGGACUCAUCUGUUUCUGCCGGUUUGCAA